GUUUAAAACGUUACACAGUUGAGAUGAACUACCGCAAGGCUUCCGUGGUCAGUGACGUCACCAGAACUACAGAAGGCCUUCCAUCGAUUGUAACCAAACUUCAAAUUACUUCACUUUGGACCCCAACUGAUUCUCUCUAUCCAUUCUCUCAAGUCCUUAGGUUAAGAGUGUUGCAGAUAGUUUGUGGAAUAUGUAUUCUUCUAAUGGGCUCAGUGUCCUGCAUUGAGGAUCGCACCUCCAUCACCAGACUAGGCCUUGGUAUUCCUGCUGGGGUCUUCACAGUUAUAGCUGCUGGUGGCAGCAUACACAGUAGUCGUGGGUUUGGAGGGUAUCGUCCAGGUUCUUGCCCCUAUACUUCCCUCAGGUUUCUGGGUCCAAGUCCUGCUGCAGCGACGUCCCUUACUCUUCUCUGGCUGGCAGCUUGCUCCCUUCAUGUAGCUCUCAUCUUCCAGGCGUUGUUCCAACUGCAGAACACAGACAACUCAAGGACGACCCAGACAAGUAUCCUGGUAGCGGUCGUAGAGAUGAUACUGUCAGUGACUACCCUGAUUGCUGUUUUGUGGGUCGUAAGGAUAGACUGUUGCUAUGACCCUGACUGACCGGAGGCCAUGAGGUGUGGAGGAGCCAGUGCCACAGGAGGCCAAGACACUGGAGCCUCUACUACAGGUGUCAGUUUGGUUCCGGUAGCCUCGAGCAGCAGUGAAAGAGCUA